ACUGCUGUUGUGAUUUGGUGCUGUAUAGGGCUGGGCGAUAUGGCCUAAAAUCAAUAUCACGAUAAAUAGAGCAGUUAACCUCGAUAACGAUAAAUGGACGAUAACCACCCCAAGUGCCAAAAAAACAAACGUUUUUUUUUUUUUUUUCAUUUGAUGGGGCUGUGGCAGGCAGCAUAGUUCCUCCAGUUAUUUUGAUAAUAUUAUUCCCCCUAGACCUAUUCAUUGCAAUUAUAUUAUUACCACUUUAAAGGACUGUAAAAUGUCACUGAAAAUAAAUGAAGACAAUAGUAGUAAGCACUUUUAGUGGUUAAGAUUUAUUAACUGAACAAAAUAAAAAGUGUAGGAUACAAUAUGUAACCAUGCUCUCUAAAAAAUGUGUAUCCCUUGUAAACAAAAUAGUUUAAUAAUAAAUAUGUUUCACAUUGGCUAUUCAGAAAGUAAACAAUGAUUGUGCAAAUGUAAUGCCAUCAUGGACAAAGGCCUAUCUCUGCUAAGGCCUUGAGGUACUAUAACUUGUAAACAAAUAAUGUCACAAACACAAAUGUCAAUUGAACACAGAAAAAACUAUAAUAAAUACUAAGCACUGCCAUGUGACUAGUGAAAACUACAAACUCUUAAACAAAAACAUUAAAUAGUGCUGUUUGCAAAAAACUUCAAUAGAACACUGAUAGUUAAAAUUAGGCAGGGCUUGAACAUUUUUUUGUUAACAAGCGUCUCCUCUUCCUCCUCCACCAGCUCUACCUCCGUCGCUGCUGCUUCAACAUUUAAAUCGUCCUCCAUUUGUUCACCCGUGUCUCGUCUUGUUACAGAGAGGAUCGGAUGAGCUGAGUAUGUACAACAAUUCCAACUCUGGCAUGAGCAGUAACAGUGAUGGGGCUCCCAAUGGCAGUGAUAGUAAGAAGCUAAGGGUGGAGGAGGCCCUGCCUUCUCGUGUGAUCCACAUUAGGAAGCUGCCAAACGAGGCCUCAGAGACUGAGGUCAUUGCCCUCGGCCUCCCCUUUGGCAAAGUAACCAAUAUUCUCACACUGAAGGGAAAGAAUCAGGCGUUUUUGGAGAUGGGGACAGAGGAGGCAGCUGUCACUAUGGUUAACUACUACUCCAAAGUAACUCCCCUUAUCCGUAACAUCCAAGUGUUUAUUCAGUACUCCAAUCACAAAGAACUCAAAACUGAUGCUGCUAAUCAGCGGACCCAGGCCGUGCUGCAAGCAGUGUCAGCAGCCCAGUCACCAGGGUCCGAGGUACAGGAGGUCCUGGCUGCAGUUUCCAGUCCUGUGCUGCGCAUCAUUAUUGAUAACAUGUUCUACCCUGUAACGCUGGACGUACUGCAACAGAUUUUCUCCAAGUUUGGCACAGUCAUGAAGAUAAUCACGUUCACCAAGAACAAUCAGUUCCAGGCUCUUCUGCAGUUCAGCGAUCCUGUCAGUGCACAGCAGGCCAAACUGGCACUGGAUGGCCAGAACAUCUACAAUUCCUGUUGCACACUCCGUAUUGACUUCUCCAAGCUGGUCAACCUGAAUGUGAAGUACAACAAUGAUAAGAGUCGCGACUACACCCGACCUGAGCUGCCAGCUGGUGAUGGCCAGCCCAGUUUUGACCCCACAGUUGCCGUUGCUUUCAGCAAAGACUCCAGUUCUCUCCUCGGUAAGAUCCCAGGAGCUCUGAACCCUCUGAGUGCGGCGGCAGCUGCUGCUGCUGCAGCGGGCAGGGUGGCCCUCGCUGGGCAGACAGGCUCCAGUGGGGUCCUGCUGGUUAGCAACCUCAAUGAAGAGAUGGUUACGCCCCAAAGUCUGUUUACCCUCUUCGGAGUGUAUGGUGAUGUCCAGAGGGUGAAAAUUCUUUACAACAAGAAGGACAGUGCUCUCAUACAGAUGUCUGAGUCCAAUCAGGCCCAGCUAGCUAUGAGCCACCUGAAUGGACAAAAGAUGUACGGGAAGAUCAUCCGGGUGACACUGUCCAAGCACCAGACGGUGGCAUUGCCUCGGGACGGCCUGGAUGAUCAAGGUCUGACCAAGGAUUUUGCCAACUCCCCACUUCAUCGUUUCAAGAAACCAGGUUCCAAGAACUUCCAGAACAUCUUUCCACCCUCUGCCACUCUUCACCUUUCCAAUAUCCCACAAGAUGUGACAGAAGAUGACCUGCGGCUGCUCUUCUCCAACACUGGAGGCACUGUGAAAGCAUUCAAAUUUUUCCAAGAUCGCAAGAUGGCUCUGAUCCAGAUGUCAACAGUGGAGGAAGCCAUCCAGGCACUGAUCGACCUUCACAACUAUAACAUGGGAGGCAACCAGCACCUGAGAGUCUCGUUCUCCAAGUCCACCAUUUAAGAAUGUGACCCACAGGCUCCGGACACUAUGACUGUGAUGGUUGAACUAUUUCAAGCUCCUAGAUUGUCUGAACACCAGGGGGACCACAUAGAUUGAAUCAGUUAUCUUGAUUGUAUCAUUCCUUGAUAUCCUUUUAUUUUCUUUAAAAAGAACAACAUUGGAUCUCCCCAGCUCUUUCUGAAGUGUCUCUCCAUAUUUUUUGUCAAGCAGAACCUUGAAAUGGUUGGUUGUCCCCCUGUACGUUAGUUGGAUGUAAAUCGGUGAAUCAUUUUUAAAUGAAAAGAUACAGUACUCGUGUGCCUUACUCAACUAUCUUUUCCUACAGUUGGAUAUGUUAAUUUAUCAAACUCCUACCGAGGCACAUUAGUAUUAAUGAGUUGAUGAGAAUGCAAGAUGUUUUCUAUUCAUCUAGACAGAACAGUCUAGAAGCUGUGCCUCUGACUAGGCAUAGCCGUGUUUCUUCUCCAAUUUUAGAUGACAUUUUCCUUUUUAGUUUGGCAGCAGGAGAGCUGAAUAUUCCUGAGGUAAAAUGUUUUUGGUAGCCUAUGACAUGCAGUUUAACUGGAACGCCUUUAUUCCAAAGGGAUGUUCAGUGGAAGAUUGUUCUAGCACAAUCCAUGCAUAAGAAACUAUGACAAUGUAGUAAAGUAUUUUGUUAUGUGAUUUUGAAGCCUUCCUUGCUUUUCUUUUCUAUAGCAGUGAGGUUUAAUAGUUGGUGACAGUGUUCUUUAAAGCAUGCAUGAUGAUAGGCUCUCACAUAAGUGUUGCAUGCUGUGGAAGCAGUAAAAAGAUGAGUCCACUGUGAUUGCAUUGUCAUGUGACACUGUACUUGAGAGGGCUACUCAGUUGGACCAAAGUUUCGGUGCCUUUAGUGUUAAAUCAUAUAAACAAAAAAGAGCAUUUUAAUUGUUGUGUAUAUGGGGAAGAUGUCCACGAUUCAAAGUGUUCACUGAAUUCUUUUAUUUUUAAAUCACAAACCUGAUUUCAUAGGCAUUUGUUCUGAACUAAUCCUGGUGUAUAUACUUUUUUUUUUUUUUAAUCGUCAAAGCUAUGUUUUUGUUUUUUUAAUGUAGUUCAGAAUGUAAGGAUUUGGACUCAAGCUGGUGCAAUUAAAGGAUAAAAAUUUUUUCUAACAACGGAGGUUCAACUUGGUUUUCUGUUUUUUGAGUUUCCCCUCUCACGGUGUCUCUUAUGUGUUCCGCAUUACCUCUGUAGCAUGUCUAAUAAAACUCUUCUGUAGCUCUGCA